AUGUCCUGCCAGCAACACCAGCAGCAGUGCCAGCCCCCUCCCAAGUGCACCCCCAAAUGCCCACCCAAGUGCCCUCCAAAGUGUCCACCCCAGUGCCCAGCUCCGUGCCCACCUCCAGGAUCUUCCUGCUGUGGAGGAAGCUCUGGGGGCUGCUGUGGCCCCAGCUCCGAGGGCUGCUGCAGUUCUGGGGGUGGUGGCUGCUGCUUGAGCCACCACAGGCCCCGUCUCUUCCAUCGACGCAGGCACCAGAAUCCCGACUGCUGUGAGUGUGAGCCUGCCAGAGGGUCAGACUGCUGCCAUGGCUCUGGAGGCUGCUGCUGA